GAAAUCAAAAUCGGCUGUUUCGGUAUCGAUGGAGCAGGAAAGACUACUCUACUGAAAAUGAUCAAAGGAGAAGAUCCACGCAAUGUUCUCCCUACAAACGGUUUUUCUAUGGUCGAUAUGGAAUUCGACGACAACUUCACUAUCAAAGUGUACGAUCUCGGUGGACACGAACGAAUACGCGACAUUUGGACGAAUUAUUAUGCAGAAGUACAUGGAAUUAUGUUCGUCGUCGACAUAUCAGACGAAGAUCGUCUAGACGAAAAUUAUGAAAUGCUACGCAAGGUUCAGCUACAUAAGGAUACAGCCAAAAAACCAUUGUUAGUGGUGCUAAACAAGAAAAAGCCAACUGAACUUGAUGAUUUCGACUUCUCAAUGAAUGCAGACUUAAACGCCAUCGGUACCCAACAGAGCCAAAUGAUAUUCGUCACCCAUGUAAAUGUAUACAGAGGAGAGCUCAACCACAUCAAACGUCCACCGCCUCUAGUAUCAAAGCGUCCCAAUCGUUCCGAUAACCCAUUAUUAACGCAGUUUUGCACAUUCGUCGACAAGAUCAUUGAACACUAUGUCUUUCUGUCCGAAGGGGUUCAGGCAGCUGAACGAGCCCUAAAGAUUCGUCAGCAGGCAGAACGUGAUGAGCGACGUCUACGAUUAAUGCAGCAAGAGCACGAAAAGAGAAAUAGUGAGAUUGCUGAACUUCAAAGGUAA